AUGAGGCUGCUUCGAGGAAUAGUGCCACGGCUUAACCUGCCGGUCCCCGUGGCGCUGGCGCUGGUGUAUAUACUGUUCGUCUUCCCGCUGGUGGCGAUGCUCUACUUUGAGCUGAAGAGCCGACGGGAGCGGGCGCGCACGCCGAAGGGCUGCCGCAAGCUAGGCCUGCACGACAACCACUCGAACCUCUCCGACGAGCACGAGUACGGGACGGACGGGCUGAAGCGAGGAAGCAGCGACAAGACACCGCGCAUCAAGGCGCUGGUGGUAUACCCGAUCAAGAGCUGCCGGGGCAUCGAGUUCAACCGCGCGGAGUUCAAGGACAGCGGCCUGGCGUGGGACCGACAGUUCUGUUUCGCGGAAUACACGAGCACGAGCACGAGCACGGCGGAGGAAGAAGAAGAAGACGGCGGGAGAUGGGAUGCAAAGACGCUUCGGGACGGCAAGUACAGCCGCAUGGCGCUGAUACGGCCUGAGAUCUGGGUUCCCGACCCGUCGAGCGAGACGUACGAUGCGCGUCUGCGCAGCGUCAAGUCAGGCGGUAUACUGAUCGUGUACUUCCCGCGAGACACGCGAGGGCUUCCGCCCUGGACCAGGCUGGCCAUAGCCCUCGGCCUAGCAGACGGGGAGGAGUACUUUAGUGUGCCGCUGAAUCCGCCCGCGGAGCCGUCGUCGGUGUUCCCGCUUGAGCCGCUGCGUUUGUUCACGGUGCCUACGAAGGCGACGCGGUACACGACGCAUGUGCCGGCUGCGCUGGGCGCGUUUCUGGAAUGCAAGAAGCCGCUGGGCCUGUUCAGGGUGCAUCCGGAGCACAGUCGGGUGGCGGUGGGGAACGCGCCUAGUGCAGAGGAGCUGGGGUUUGUGCCUCGGAUGGCGUUUAGCGACCAGUAUCCGCUGCAGGUGCAGAGCAUGGGCAGCGUGAGGGAGAUGGACGGGCGGACGAAGUAUGCGAUUCCGCAUCUGAGCGUGCGCAGGUUCCGGCCUAAUGUUGUGGUUGAGGGGGUUGCGGCGUACGAGGAGGAUGCGUGGAAGAUGGUGCGUCUGGUAAAGGAGGGUAGGGAGGAGGAGGUGGAUGUGCAUGUGUGCUGCCGGACGGUGAGGUGCAAGCUCCCCAACGUGGAUCCUGACACGGGCGAGAGACACGGCGUCGAGCCCGACAAGACGCUGAGGGGGACGCGGGCCAUCGACGGAGGCGCAAAGGGAGGCUGUCUAGGCAUGAUGCUCGUCCCGACCAAACCCCACUUCACCAUCAGCGUGGGCGACGAGGUAAAAGUACUAUCGACAGGCGAACACUUCUUCCGAGCAAAGUAG